GGGCUCCCGGCCGCACCGCGGGUAUAAAUGGGCAGUGUGGCCCUAGCUGCGCUUUUAGCUGCAGAGGGGCGUCUGGGUUGACGUCUCGUGGGUCGACUUUCUUUCCGACUCCGCGCGACCCGUUAUUACAGCAAGCGGGCCGCUCCUGGCCCUUCCUCCUGGAGGAUCCAGAGGCCUUUCAGAAGCAGAAGUCAGCUCUGUUGUUCUACAAAGGAGUGGAAUCCUUGAAGCCAUGAAGCAUAUAUUGAACCUCUAUCUCUUAGGUGGGGUGUUGACCCUGCUCUCCAUCUUCAUUGGACUGAUGGAGUCCCGAGGCCUGCUGGAGAGCCUGUCUCCUGGGAGCUCCUGGGCCACCAGAGGUCAGCUUGCCAACACAGAGCCCAAGGGCCUUCCAGACCAUCCAUCCAGAGGGGUGUGAUAAGACCUCCUUCCACCGGUUAUAACCUUGGAACAGUGUCCAAAAUACCGCCAGCUCUACCGGUUCCUGGGCAGGCAAGCUCCACAUCAGUGUUAUCAGAGAACUAACUGUUACUAGGCCCUCGAAGAACCUCAUCUGGAUACUCCUUGUCCUGGAAAAAGCCUGUUUAAUCACAGAUCUUAGUGGGUGGCCUGUGGCUGUGGAAUGGAGUGAUCUCACUCUCCUCCCCAGUCUGCCCUAUGCUUGGCUGUCCUGGGCAGCCUGGCUUUGUCUUCUUUUAGAUGAGGACUUGUGCUGGAACUUCAGCUGUUGGGAGAUGGUCUUAGUUUCAAUCCUACUUUCUAAGCAUCUGCCAAGAAUUCUUUUGGACUUGGGUGUCUUAUAGUCAAUUUACUUGGUAUUCAGCUUUUUUCCCAUGAGAGCUCUUCUGUGUGCAGAUAACAGUUAAGAGUUGUGUGGGUUGGCUGUAGGAAGGGGGAAGGUGGAGUCUUCUGUGUCCCAUUCUCAUUUUUACAUUUUUUAAAGUUCUUCCUCCAACAUAGCGAAUAUGUGUGUGUGUGUAUUGGUCUGAAGUGGACAGGGGAAUGAUAGCACCUGCUUGGGACAAGGGCAUUUUGGCCACCUUGUGGCUUAAAUAAGUUUUUCUAAUGAAAUAAGGUUGAAUGUAUAUUUCCACU